CGGAGAUGUGUUUGAAUAGGGCACGCUGCUCUACUGCAUUACCACAAAGUAAUGCAGUGAGGAGGGUAAGAAAGUGAAUUAAAACAAACAAACAAAUACAUUCAAUUAAAAAUAAACACAUAAAUAAAAUAACGAUAAUAAUAUGUAUAGCGCAUAUUAGAAUUAUUAUUGCUAUUAUUAUCCCUUGCAUAUUACCAAUACAGCACGUUCGCAAAGGCAAAUUAAAGGGUAAAGAAGAAAAAGCUAACCACCUAACAAAUAACAAGGCAAAGUCCCUGUUAAUGUGAAAUGUUUUAAAUAUAACGACUUAUGCAGUAGUUUUUGUCUUGUUACAUAUGUUCUGGAACAUUAAACAGAAAGUAAAUUAAGAUAAAUCGGGAUGCAGUAUUCAUCAAAAAAGGGAGGAACCAUUUCAAGGAAUUUAGAUAGAUGAUCGGCAAUAACAACUAUCACUGUCAGCUGCUGCAGUGGCAGCGCAGGAGCGGCGCUCUGUGUCACUAUGUCACUGUGUCAUUGUCUUCGCCUCUCCGCUGCUGCCUAACGGCCGCUCAUGAAGCCCAGCAAUGAAGGACAAACGCAGGAAGAAGGAUCGCACCUGGGCAGACGCAGCCCGCCUGGCUUUAGAGAAGCACCCAAACACGCCGAUGACUGCGAAGCAGAUAUUAGAAGUUAUUCAAAAAGAAGGACUUAAAGAAACAAGUGGUACUUCACCAUUGGCUUGCCUCAACGCUAUGCUUCAUACUGACACCCGCACUGGGGACAGGACUUUCUUUAAAAUCCCUGGAAAAUCUGGACUAUACGCUCUGAAAAAAGAAUCAGCCAGCCUUGUUGAUGGGGCGUCUGAAUCUGUGUGUGAAUAUGAUUUAGAGCGUAUUGAAAUGACGGAGACCAAUAACAGCAACGCUGAAGAAAAUGGAGUGAGAGACAUGAAGGUACCGAAGGGGGAAUCUGCGGACUCACAUUGCACCAAUCCUGCACUACAGAGCAAGUCAGUGUCUUCCACGCAACAGUAUACCAAAAAAGCUUUGAGACAGGCUUUGCGACAGCACCACAAGCGCAGGAAUGGCAUGUCCAUGAUGGUGAACAAAGCUGUUCCUCGCGUUGUCUUAACGCCCCUCAAAGUCUCUGAUGACCAGCCCGAUUCACCAGCAGGAUCGGAAGCUCAGAAUGGAAUAGAAGACAGAGAGGACUCAGAAAAAGGCAUGAAGCAGAAUAACAGAUCUCACACAGGCAAGCAAAUCAGUCAACACCUUAAGAAGCUAAAGAAAUCCGGCCUGGGGUAUUUAAAGUGGACCAAGGCAGAAGAUAUUGACAUUGAGACACCAGGGUCUAUAUUAGUGAACACUAACUUGAGGGCAUUGAUCAACAAACACACCUUUGCUUCAUUACCUCAGCAUUUCCAACAAUACCUCUUGCUUUUGCUACCCGAUGUUGACAGACAGAUGGGCAGUGAUGGAGUGGCGCGUCCCUGUAAUUCAGCCCUAAAUAAUGAGUUCUUCGCCUAUGCCGCCCAGGGCUGGAAACAGAGGUUGGCAGAAGGUGAAUUUACUCCUGAAAUGCAACUACGAAUCCGACAGGAGAUGGAAAAAGAGAGGAAAACUGAGAUAUGGAAAGAAAAAUAUUACGAAACUUACUACGGGCAAAAAUCAGGCGUGACUGAGAAGGAUUCACAGAGUUGUAUGCCUGACUGUGAUGAAGAUCAGGAGAAUAUUAAUACCGAAGUUCCAGCUUUCAUACACACAGCUGUAUCAGCAGAGAAAAUUGAGCUGAAAUUGAGUGACAGUACAUGUGUUUGUGAAGAUAAGGACAUAUCAAGUGUUUUCAAUAGGGAUGUGGCAUCAAAACCAUUAUCUGUAUUACCCACUGAGGACAUUGUACUCUCUGGAUUCCCUGAGGUUUCUGAAGAGGCCGUGAUUCAAGAGGAGAUAGCAGAAGAAGUGGAACCCAAUUCCUGUACAUAUAUCGAUUAUCCUGAUCCUCAAAUUCACGAUCCUUCUGAACAUGUCAGCACUGACUCUGUUAAGGAGAGUCCAACAAUAACCCUUCCGCUGAAAGACAAGACUGCCCUCCAACAGCAACCCUCCCUAGAGACACCUGCUCAGCCGUCAACAGAGGUGAUCAAAGCAGUGAGUGACGAAACCGAAACAUCAGCCACAUCUCUACUGUUGCUUCCCUCCGCUUCAGAAACGGAGACUGAUGAAAUGUCACCACAAACAGAAGAAGACGCCGCAUUUGAUAAAGUAGCUUGUAUACGCACUGGACACAGUACCCUUGUGGAGACUAACUGUCUGUCAUUGUCCAAUGAAACAAAAGUCGAAAAGGACCUCCAUGACACAGGGGAACCUGACUUAAAGCAUGCUUGUGACAAUGAGGACACAACAAUGUCUGAGAUUUUGGAGAGUGAAGCACAGGUUACAUCACAAGCAGUGGAUAAUGCUCUAAGCUGUGAGCCAAAUGUUCUACCUUUAACGUCAUUCAAAACUCACUUAGAAGAGAAUGCAGAACUUGAUGCCACAAUUGGUGCUGAUAUUCUUACUCCACAUAAACCAAAAGACUCAACGUCUUAUGAUAAUAAAGUAGUACCACCGCAGUUGACUUCCGAUAAUUCGGAAGACACUGAUAUUGAGUGUUUAAAUCCUGACACUGAAGUCGUUUCUGUUCCUAACCCUGGUAAUGAAGGUCAUGGUGAGGAAACGCCGACAUUUCAACAACCAGAUGAAGAAUUUGAUGAAACUGAAAGUGAAAACACCCCAGAUGAAAGUCUGUCUCCUUUUUCUACACCCAAUGCAACGUGCGCCUCACCUUUAGCUAAUGACGCAGUACACCUAGACAUACAUUGCAAUGGAAAAGUUGAUUGUUCUGACAGUGUAUCAGAACAUCCCUCUGAUGAGUUAGAUUCUGAAGCAUCACAGAAUUUAGAUGAUAUCUGCAAACCUGUGCCACAAGCUACAGACCCAAAGCCAGAACAGAGCCUUCCUGAUACUGUCUUAACCAAACCGGUAAUUGAGACAAGAUUACAAGAAGAGUUACACGCUGAAAAUACACAACUUAAGGAGAAUACAAAAAGGACAGAAAGCACCACCAUUGCCUACACCAUGGAUGAAUCACUGCCAGAAAUAAAUGUCUCCAAGCCAAUAUCAUAUGAUCAGGUUGCAGACAAGACUGUAAAAAUCAGUCCAUCGCUAGAUAUGCUGAAGGUAAAAUUGCACAAGUCAUAUCCAGGUAGGCAGCCACCCAGUACACAGGAAAUGUGUCACAGGAAGCCAGGAGAGGUGAUCAGACCAUUGCUGCUGGACUGUACAGACAGUACAGACACCGAGAAUCCCAAACGGAAGCCGGGAGAGUUGACCUCAGGGACGUGCAAGGAGAAGAGGGCGAGGAUCGAGUGCAGCGAGAGCGGCCUUACCUCCUCACCUGCAGGCGGCAGAGAGGAGGCGCCAAAAGAGGAGGUGCUGAAAGAGGAGGCGCCGAAAGAGGAGCCACGAGUGCCUCCGCUCAAGAUCCAGCUCUCCAAGGUCGGCUUGCCGUUUAUUAUCAAGACUCAAUCUGUGUCCAAGCCAGAAGCUAAACUUUCAUCUCCAGGGAGAAACCUUGGUGCCAGGACUCUGGCAGAUAUCAAGGCCAGGGCUCAUCAGGCUCGUGCCCAGAGGGAGGCUGCAGCCGCUGCAGCCAUCGCUGCAGCUGCGCAUAUCACUGCUGGGGAGGGAGGACCUCCUGCCGAUGGAUGCAAGACGCGCACACUAGCCCACAUCAAAGAGCAGACCAAGGUGAAGCUUUUCCCUAAGCAUCAUGCCCGACCUCAGGUUCACCAUCAUGCUAAGAGCACCAAGCAGCACAAUGAGGACCAUCAUUCCUCAGAGCUACCGUUCAACAUGACAAGGGAUUGUGCAGCUGGUGUCAUUAUCGCCAACCCUAACAGGAGAUCUCCCAGUGACUGCCUCACACUUGUUCAACUACCCAGUACCAACUUAAAACCAUCAGAAAACAAAACUGCCAUUCCACCAUCUGUAGUCAGUAUAUCGGUGCCAAAUUCUGUUCGCUGUUUUCCAGUUCACCAAACUUUGAAUAGUGUGUCCCAAGUUAGAAUGACAAAUACUGAGGAUCCAAGGGCAAAAGAAAGUGCUGUUUGUAACAGUCAAGUACCAGUGUCUACUCGUCUUUGUUCCAUUCCUCCCAGUUCCUCAGUUCUUGUAUCUGUUUGUAGUUCUAGCCUGCAAAGUUCCGUCUUAAAAGUUUCCCCUUCCGGUGCCAAAACCUCAAUUCUGAGCUCAUCGCAACGAGCUGUCUUACCAAAGUAUAACCAUGAACUUCCAUCUGUGAUUCCAGAAUCUUCUGUUUGUCCUUCCACUAAUACACAGCCUUGUUCAUCUCUUGGUAAUGAGAAUCAGAGCCACAUGGGCCAGAUCAGAACCUCCUCAACCUGUGCCGCUGUUGCAAGACCUACAUCAAAUGGGUUCCAUUGCUACGUACCGGAAAGCAGCAUGUCACAUGCUCAUGAGAAACCAAAAAUUAACUACCAAGACCACCAUGCCUAUCAAGAGAAUGGUGAUAAGCUUCAACGCUUUCAAGUUAUGGCUCAUAAAGACAAAUCUGUAAAUCAAAAGGAGAUAAUGACAACCGAAGUAAUAAAGGCAUGUGCAACUCAAAAAGACAUAUUUAAGUGCAAAGAGUUGCCUCCAGAAGAUUCUGUUACAAACAAAGCUAUUCCAUGCAAAGUGAUUGUAGAUCAUUCUUCUGCUACAUAUCAGAAUUCCCCGACUAUGCCCGUAACCCAGCACAACCCACCAAUCAAAGGUGUUAAAACAGAAACUGUUCUCCGCCUACAGGAAUCCAUUAUGAGCAGAGCUGAGUCAUUUCGCCAGAGAACAGAGCAAAAUGGCACCUUCAGUGCGGCCUCCAGAGGGAACAGUAAAACAGUGCAUGGCACCUAUGGCGUCCUGCAGAAUAUCCCUUUAUCUCAACAGGUUAGCCACCGGGAAUCGGACCCAGAAGGAGGAGCUGCUAAUCUCAUAUACAGCUCUUUACUCUACAAACAUGCCGAAAAAACCUUGGCUAUAGACCGUGACAUUGAAUCAAAGAUAUGGCCGAAGGAAACAAAGAAUAUGAACACAGUAGUCAUCCAGAAAACUCAUCAAGAAUGUAAUCUUAAACUAGACAUACGAGAAAGCAAGGAUGAGACGACUCCCCGCGUUUUCCCCAAUCGUGGCAUUUCAAAAGCAGAAGUCCACAACAGUGACACUGGGGAUUUUAAGGAGCCAUUGAAUCCUCGGCAACACCUAGUUCCACGUCAUCUGGAUGACAGGCAGCCCAGGAGCAUCACAUCCAAUAAGUGUUCACUGGCUGCAGAGAACUAUAGAGUGGUUUCUGCCGGUAGUGGGUCCAGUUGUCGUCAAUCUUCAGUGGAAGCCAGCAAUCCGCUGGUGACACAGCUGCUGCAGGGAAACCUGCCUCUAGAGAAGGUGCUGCCUCAGCCUCGACUUGGAGGCCGAUUGGAGAUACACAGGCUUCCCUCACCUUUUCACACUAACUCUCUACGUAAACCCAUGGUUUCGGAGAGGACUGCCAUGGAGCAGGCUCAGAGUUGCCUCAGCCACAAGGGAGCGGUUCAUAGCCUGGCCAUGGUGGGUCAAAGCCUCCUCCAACAACGAGAUGUCAUUGCCAGUAACAAAGUGACCACAGCUCUGGCAGAGAUGGACCUUUUCAAACCUGAUCCCGGAAAUUCGACUAUGGACGGUGAUAACAGGAAUUCCUCCUGUUCCUUUGGUGCUCAUUUAAAUGCACUGGACAUGGGGCAGAAAAUAGUACAGGAGUGGGGGGGGAGAAAUGUGAGGCAAAGGUGCAUCACGCCCAGCCUCGAGAUUAUAGAGUCAAAGAGGCCCCUCUUCACCUGCAGCUUACAGAAACGAGUAUCUGGUCUCAAUAAAAACAGCAGCUUCUCCUCUGAAAGCGAUACCUCCCAAAGGCCAUUUUACCCACCACCAACUGCAGACAGGGACUCCAGCCUCCUAAGUGCUCCAGUGCAAGCCUGCAAAACAAGCCCAUUUGUCUGUGCCAUUCCAAACAAAUUAGUGCUCAAUAGGAACCAGGGACAAAACGGUCCGGAGUCAAUGACUACAGAUCAAUUUAAAAAAGGUGCGUACCCGACUAAUCUGCGGAAUAUGCAGGCUGAUUAUUUUGAAACUGUCUCACGGAACAAGCCUUUAGCCCAUUCAACAAAUGCCCUGCCAAAGAUCCAGUCAGAUCAAAGGCAAGCAGCCGGAGUCAUGGAGACGAACAGGAAUCUGAACUGGUUAACUUCUGGAAGUGUUUGCAGCAGAAUUAAAGUGGAGCCAAUUUCUUUUGACGACAACUUAAGCAACAGCUGUGAAAUUAAUAGCAAGCAGGCAUCCUAUGAACAAAAUGACUGGACGAAAACCUCUACGGUUCCUCCAUUCGUUGCCCCUGAGCAGCAAAAGGUUUUUACGCAGCAGUCUCCACACCUAGAUCCUCAUCAACAAGUGUAUAGCAACUACUCCUCGAUACACUUCAGCAACGGGAAGCUGAACAGAACAGCCUCUGUUAUAGAGAAAUCUGUGGGAAAUCCCAGACUCCAGGCUACACCUGUGUCUAGUCACAAAUUUGCCAACCGGAACAGUGUGGAUGAACUGCAGCUUAAAUGCUCCUGCAGGCUGAAGGCGAUGAUCGUGUGUAAAGGAUGUGGUGCCUUCUGCCAUGAUGAUUGCAUCGGCCCGUCUGAGCUUUGUGUUGCCUGCCUCGUCGUUCGAUAACUUAUAUACAGAUUAGAUAAGUCUUAAUUCCAUAAUUGUAAAUGAUCAAGAAACAGUGUAAUUUCUACAAUAAGUAUUGACUACGUUUAAGUUAUUUAGAUUUCUUUUUUAAAAAGCUUAUUUGUGUCAACCUCAUAGUGACGGAAUAUUUAACUGUUUACAUGAAAUGAAAGUAAUGUGACUGUUAAGCUAAUGCUGUGAGGCAAAACCAUAGUAUUUCAAUUGCAACUUGGCCCGAAGACAUCUGGUACUGUACACAGUGAUAGCCACCUGGUUAUACACCUCAGCUGGUGAAUAAUUGGACAUCUUGAUCCGUAAAAUGUGCCUGUGUAUUCAAAAACCCAUUCUGGAAAGAUCGGUAUUUAGAUGAUUCAAUACGAGCCGUUAUAGCGAUUACACUCUGCAACUAAAAUAAGAAUGUCGUGUUUCACGUUUAUGAUGAAAAACACCAAUGAAAUACAUUUCCAAGUGUUGUGUUUCUGGUGGCUUAUGGAACAAUUAUUUAAUGGAAAUUUGUCAUAGGCUGAAUUUAAAUCUGCCAAUCCUCUUCAUUCUUAGGUUAUUUAAACUUGCAUACAAUUACUGUCACUAUUGUUGUUGUUAUGAUUACUAUUAUUAUUAUUAUUUUAUUAUUAUUAGUGGAAUUAAAUUUAUACCUACUUUGAAUCAUUCAUUUCAAUAUGUUGUGUAAGACAUUGGCCAAGCCAGACUAUGUAGGGAAACCAGAUGUAUAGAUUUAAUAUGAAUAUCAUUAAAACGUUUUUUUUUUCAUCCC